UUUGUUAAUGUUUAUCUAUAGUCUAAACAUCAUAGUACCAAAAUUACAUUAGUACAGUAUCUAUUGGCUAUUACUAUUUCGACUUAUAAAUUGGAUUUAUUGAGCGUAUUUUGUUCUAUUAUAAUACCUAUUAUUAUUUUGCUUAAACGUAUACCUUAUAUAAAAAAAGAAUGGCUACGAUAUUUGGUGUAUCGUUGAAUCCUUUUUCAACGCCUGUGGGUGAAAAAAUUGAAUUAGCAACUGACGGGGGCUUGGCUUCUGAAAACUGGUCACUUAAUAUGGAAAUUUGUGAUAUGAUUAAUGAAAAAGAAGAAGGCCCUAAAGAUGCUGUUAAAGCAAUUCGUAAAAGAUUGCUUCAAAAUGCAGGCAAAAAUCAUAAAAUUAUUAUGUAUACCUUAACAGUUUUGGAAACAUGUGUAAAAAAUUGUGGUAAAAAAUUUCACAUUUUAGUUUGUAACAAAGAAUUUUCUCAAGAUUUAAUUAAACUAAUUGGUCCAAAAAAUGAUCCACCAACUAUUGUUCAAGAAAAAGUCUUAAGUCUUAUUCAAAGUUGGGCAGAUGCAUUUAAAAAUCAACCUGAUCUACAAGGAGUUUACCAUGUGUAUAGAGAACUUCGUCAAAAAGGAAUCGAAUUUCCUAUGACAAAUCUUGAUACUAUGGCCCCAAUACAUACACCACAUAAAAGUUAUUCUGAAGAGCAUAAACCAGUAGUUAGUUCACAUUCAAAUGAUCAAUCAAAUAGCCAGCCAAACAGACCUGAUCAAUUUUAUAAACUUAAUUCAGACUUGGAGUUAGUUCGUGGUAAUAUGACUGUGUUAAAUGAAAUGCUCUCAGAAUUAGUACCAGGAAAAGAAGAUGCAUCAGAUGUUCAACUUUUAACUGAUUUAUAUACCACAUGUAAAGCAAUGCAAGAAAGAAUUGUUGAACUCCUGGCUAAAUUAUCAGAUGGUGAACUUACUGAACAGCUAUUAUUAGUCAAUGAUGAUUUAAACAAUCUUUUUCUGCGAUAUAGCAGAUAUGAAAAGAAUAGAGAAGCAAGAUGUAGUACUACCUCUGUAGAUGGUUCUUCUAUAAAAACAACUGAUUUACUUCAAGGUUUUAUAGACGAGCCAAUUGCUACAACUUCGAAUCAAUUUUCAAAACUAAGUGUUAAUAAUGAAAAGCCUAAACAAAAUCCACCUGCAGAUUUGUUAACUAGUAUUCACACAGAUGACUUUGAUAUGUUUGCUCAGUCUCGAUCAGCAUCAUAUGAAAACACAAAAGUUGGUGGAAGUAGUUAUGAUGCCAAUUUAAAGCCAGAUCAAGUUAACAGUUUAGCUUCUUUGACUCAAGCUCGAUCACAAAACGUGACAACAAAAGAUGAUUGUGCUCAUGAAGAUGUCAUCAGGAUGCAUAGUGAACAGGAUUUUGAUGAAAUAGCAGCUUGGCUUAGUGAAAAUCCUGGAAGUUCUACAAAAACUGGAAAUGAAGUGGAAGAAUCUUUAUCAAGCAGUGAAUUUGAGAGAUUCCUUGCAGAAAGAGCAGCAGCUGCUGAAAAUUUACCUACAGGAAACAAUGAAAAUGAAUCAAGACGUAACAAAGAAAAACAAGGUGAUACUAUGUUUGCUUUGUAAGGGGUUAUAAUUUAAUUUUGAAAUAUUUAAUUUCUUAGUCAUUAAUUGAAUAUUAAUCAUAAACUUGUUAAGGCGUUUAUCCAUAUUAUUGAGUUUAUUCUAAAUUAAGAGAAAACAUAAUAUUUUGUAGUGCAUCGUCCAAAUCAGUUGUUCAAUUUUUACUUUCAAAAUA